AUGGAGUUUGUGGCUGCUAUUGCAGAGUUGAAGGCUCUACCAGAAGGAACACACAUCUUUUGCCCCCGGCAGCACGACGAUGAUUAUGGACGUUAUGAUGACCCUACCCAAGUCGAUGCAAAUGGCAAGAGCACGAAAGAUAUCCUUGCUGAGGCCGAGUCACGAAAGCACAAGUUCCUCCUCGCGAUGCGGAUCCUCGCCUACGAUUCCGAGGGAGUCGAGGAACUGCAGGCUUGGAUUCUUGGAAAACUGGACGAGCUCUUGGAGAAAUGUGAUCUUUGCAUCAAACACUACUACACCGGCAAAGUCUGGUUGAAGGAUCAGCUGAAGGAAGUCUAUCAGGACGAGGACAUUGAAGAAUUUGGCAAGAGUUUGAGCGACUGGGAUGUAAAACGCAUCACGAGAAAUCUGGCCAACGCGACGAGUCAGCUGAAAAAUGUUCCUCCGGAAGAGAUCACUCUCAAUAUUCUAGAUCGGGCUGCCUUGCUGUCAAUUUUUGAGACUCUGAGCUGCGAAGGAAUGCUCCAAAGUGAUCAACUCCUCCGAGAACAUUUUGACGAGCCGUUCAAGUUGAUUCAAUCAAAACGAACCUUGAAGAUCUCUGACUAUGUCCCUGCGGUCACCCGCUUUCUUUUUGACUCCAACCAAGCCCGUAGUUUUUGGGCAAUCUCUACUUGGUCCCGAUAUAGUCGACCACCAACUCGUGAGGAGUUCGACUGGGCUAUUCGCGAUGGGUUGUUGAGUGCACUGCAUGACGGAUCACAGGCCGCGAAUCAAGUACCGCAGCAGCAUGCAGUGGUUCAGCGCUUGUGGCGAGGUAUGCAGCUCAUCGUUCGAAAACUCGACAAAGACCAGAUCACACAUCACCUCCGUGCACUAGAAAUCGACCCGUGCCGUCUAUCUGUGGAUCAUCUCUACGUGCAAACUCCAGGGUUGAGGUUUCUCUUAAAUACCAUCCAGAUUUUCUUGGAGAAAGCCCCUGGUGACUUUUGGGAUGCAAUGCAAACCAUUUCGCCGCAGGCGAUAGUCGAACAGGUCUUUGCAAACCCGCAGUACACAGCCUUUCUCCUCCAAACCACAGACGGCGAGCCUUUUGAAAAAUCUGCAUUGAAGGAUUUGCUCUCAUGGAUUGGCCCAUUCCUGGCGUCCCUCAAGGGUCACCAUCAGCCGUCUGCGUGUAGGUACUUGGUCACACAACUUCUCGAACGACUCCAAGGCUGCGUGUUUCCCAAUCUCGUUCGGUAUCACUGCUUCCACGUUGGCUUGCAGAGCCUCAUCACUACCCUUCGUCGAUUCACGGACCAUGAGUCUUCCCGAAGUUCAGUGGACAGUGUUGUAUUGAAGGAGACGAUGAGUGUCGUGGCUAUGAUCAUCAACAGGAUCUUGAGUCCACCGUUAUUCAACGUCGAGCAGAGUCUUCAAGAAGAGAUUGGGUCAUUGUGUAUGGAUGUCGUUCGAAACACUUUAGCUCUGGAAUGUCAGUCUCUGAAGAGUGAUUACGAGGUCAUUCUGAAACAUGGCACCCUUUCCCAUGGUGUUUCCACUUACUCGGUGGACGUUUGGCAAGCCGUCAUCAAUCACCUCCAACCGUAUAACGCCGCUCUCACAAAGGCGGCCCUGCUGGGCGUCCUGCCUCUAGUCGGAUUGGAGAAAUUCCCUCCCAAGGGCGACGGAAGCGGAGAGAAGAAGCAUUUCAACAUGAUCUAUGAUCAUUUGACUCGCUUGUGCUGUCAAAUGAUCGAACGGCUUGCGGGAUUCGCCCCAGAGUAUCUCAAGCCUCUCUUCGAAAGCCAAGACACCAGUAGUGCACUGAUCUCAACAUUGUUUGCUGCGGAUCUGAACACCUACCAGGCUGCUGUCGAUCUCAUCAAGAACGUUAGUGGUCAAUACGCUCGACGGGAUGCCAUUUCUCACCUUUUGGAGACCUCCUUCACAACCACGAUGUACGGGCUCAGUUGGUCCUUCCGCCGCAUCUCGAACAUGAAGACCUUCGCUCCUGCCCCCAGAAUGUUACACACUGGAAAUGACAUCGUAGAGAUUCUCUGUAAUAGUCAGACGGGUAUGUUGCGUACCCGCAGCUUUGUGGACCGUCGUGAAAUUCUGUCCCUUCAGAAGCUCUGGGAGUUCUUAUGGCAGGCCCUGGCCACCAUUUUUGACGAGACGGAAGCGUGGCAUAUGCGUGGGAACGACAAGGAGGUCAUGCUGGACUUUUGUCGUGAUACCAUGCAAUUCGCUAAUUUCCUCUUCGACCAAUAUCCCGUCUUCUUGGGUGCAGUAGGAAGUGCUGAUCCUGCUCAGUCAUGGAUUUCUGAGAAUUUCAUCAAGCCGCCCACAGCCACUAUGAGUGCUAUGGUCAAGUGGCUGCGCCUAAAAGAUGAAUAUUUGGCUACCACUUUGGUGGAUUUGGUCUCGAAAAUUUUGAGGCGCCUUGGGAGCCUAGACGUGACAACAGUGAAGGCAGACGCGCUGGAUUUCAUUGAGGGAACAGCAGUUUAUGGCACAAUCAAAACAAUCCUGACCAGCCGUGACAAGGCAGAACUCGUGCGCGCGCUGGAAGCCUACACCAAAAAGCCCGUGGUGACAGCCUCCACGGCCGCCCUCAAAAAACAGUCAUUCAUCACGUCGUUUGCUCGUCACCCCACCGAUUUUUCUUCCCCAUCCUCUCCUUCUUCUCAUAUCAUCAGUAACGACGACUUUGAAGAAAUUCCCGACGAAACCUUCCUCGAUCUUUCUCGCUCCGUGGAACUAAAUAAAAAUCGCCUCGCUCUGUCUACGAAGCCCAAGGGCCAGACUUCCCAGACCAUGUCGACUGCGAUUCGCACUCGGCCUGGUCUGUCCAAGCCUACCAUUUUCCCACGAGUGGUCAAAGAUGAUGCGAGCAGCGUGCUUUCGUUCCGCGAGAAGCGUGAGCGCGAGAAAGAAGCGAAGAAGCAACGGGACUUGGCAGAGUUGGCUCGACUGAAGAAAAAGUUACCUCAGCGGGGGGUGGCUCAGCAGACUGCCGAGCAGGGCUCUGGCUUGAAAGGUAUUGGUGUGAAGGGUAAAGAUCAUUCGGUCCCCCUCGAUAGCAUGAUGGUUUCGUCUGGCUCGGACUCCGAUACUGAGAGUGAAGAUGAUUUAGAUCAGGAGCUCUUCGGCGCAAAACAUAAGAAGGCCGAUGCGGCUCCCCAGGAGAAGAAACAGCCGCCCCAGCAGGGACCCUACAAGAAAAAGAAACGUGAACGCUCAAUCAAGGACAUGCGUGCGCGUCUGUCCCCGGACCUUUCGUCUCUUCAUCACCAGUUCCUAUCCUGGGAGUUUUUCACAGAGGGCGAUCUCCCCGCCUCAACCCACACGGAUUAUACCCUGGUUUCCAAUACAUUCCGCUCACCCCAGGAAUACCAGAAAACGUUCGAGCCUCUGCUGGUUCUCGAAGCUUGGCAAGCAUUCCAAUCUGCCAAAGAGGAUGGCUUGCCCUAUUGGAAACCUUUCGAAGUCAAAGCGGUCACUCGUUUGACGGUAGAUACCUGGCUGGAGAUCAGUACUUUGCUCACUGGCCCACCGACAAAGGACAAUGGUGUCACCGAAGGUGACCUGGUUUUGUUUUCACACGAUUCACGACCACACGAGAAAAAAGACGCCCCCCACGUGAUGGCACGAGUUCACCGUGUCAAACGUACACCUGGUAAAUAUGAGGUCACUUACCGCAUGAACCCUAAUGGUGCCUCCAAGUUCCUUCAGAAGUUCGCUGUCGGAACCACAGCCUUCGCUGUCAAGGUCACUUCGAUGGUCCCUGUGGAGCGUGAGUUCGCUGCGCUGACGUCCUUACAAUACCUCGAUCUCUGUGAGGAGAUCGUACUGGCGAAGCCGUCGCCACUGCUCAAGUAUGCAGAUAAAACCUUACAAGGGUUCGUGGACUGCUAUCAGAUCAACCAGUCCCAGGCCAAGGCGAUCAAAUCGGCCGUCGAUAAUGACGGCUUCACCCUCAUCCAGGGUCCACCCGGUUCCGGAAAGACAAAGACAAUUACCGCGCUUGUGGGCUGUCUUCUUACAGCCAAAAUCGGUGCUGCGUUCCAGAGUGCGAAGCCUGUUGCAGGCACUCCCCGAAAGAUUCUGGUGUGCGCACCAAGUAACGCCGCCGUCGACGAACUCGUGAUGCGAUUGAGGAACGGUGUCAAGGCUCGAUGCGGCAUGUUUGAGAAGAUAUCUGUUGUUCGUCUGGGAAGAAGCGAGUCUGUCAACCCCAAGGUUCUUGACCUAACACUCGAUGAGAUGGUCAACCGUCGUCUGGAACGCAUCCAAAAGGACAACAAAGGGCCCGAUGUGGCAAAGCUUUGUGAUGAACACAAAGCCACUGAUUCCGACUUCAAACGCGUUCGGUCCCAGAUCGAUGAGUGCAAAGCAAAGGGAUUUGCGCCACCCGACGAGCUUGAACGCGAACUCGAUCUCUUAAGGAAAAAGCGAGCGCAGCUGGGUGACGAUAUCGAUAAAGCCCGUGACCAGGUCCAACUUCUGGCUCGAAGAUCUGACAUGGAGAAGCGCAAGGCCCAGCAAUACAUCAUAGAUGGUGCCCAUGUCAUCUGCAGUACACUCAGCGGUGCAGGCCACGACUUGUUUCAGAGCAUGAACGUGGAAUUCGAGACGGUCAUCAUCGAUGAAGCUGCCCAGUGUAUCGAGCUAAGUGCCUUGAUUCCACUGAAAUAUGGCUGCUCCAAGUGUAUUCUCGUUGGAGAUCCUAAGCAGUUGCCACCCACAGUCUUAUCAUCGAUGGCCUCUAAAUACCAGUACGAACAAAGUCUGUUUGUCCGCAUGCAGAAGAACCAUCCAAACGAUGUACAUCUGUUGGAUGUUCAGUAUCGUAUGCAUCCAGAAAUCAGUGCCUUCCCCAGUUUGACGUUCUACGAUGGCAAACUUCAAGAUGGAGCAGGAAUGAGCAAGCUUCGUGCUCAGCCAUGGCACCAAAGUGAGCUGCUCAGUCCAUAUCGAUUUUUCGAUGUGCAAGGCAUGCAUCACAGCGCCGCCCGCGGACACUCACUGGUCAACUAUGCCGAGAUAUCUGUGGCUAUGCAACUUUAUGACCGCUUGGUGACGGAUCUCAAAGAUAUUGACUUCACCAACAGAAUCGGAAUCAUCACCCCCUACAAAGGUCAACUUCGUGAGCUCAAGGCUCGCUUCGCUGACAAGUAUGGCAACAGGAUCUUGGAGACGGUCGACUUCAACACCACAGACGCUUUCCAGGGUCGCGAGAGUGAUGUGAUCAUAUUCUCUUGUGUGCGAGCCUCAAAUAAGGGCAUUGGUUUCUUGUCAGACAUUCGUCGAAUGAACGUCGGUCUUACUCGUGCCAAAUCCUCUCUGUGGGUACUCGGAAACUCUGCCGCCCUUAUGCAAGGCCAGUACUGGCAGCGUCUCAUUACCAAUGCGCGAGAGCGCAAUCUUUACACAGAUGGCAACAUCUCUCAGUUGCUUGAGCGGCCUCAGCUCACAGGUUACAAGGAGGUUGAAAUGGUCGACGUCGCUACAAGCGGCGCCAUUGAGAGCGCCCCAACGACCAAGUCUCCAUCUCCAGCACGAGAGUCUGAUCCUUCCAGAGAGUCACUUGCCGCGAAGGGGACCCCAGUAGUAGUUUCUAAACCCACUGCUCUGCCUACUUCCCGACCCGAGGGGCCUUCUGGCGGCGCCGCUGGCUUGGACGAGAGCAAGGCUUGUGGAAUAUGUGGCAGCAAUAGUCACUUCACCCACAACUGUGACAAUGAAGAGGCUCAGGCGGUUGCGCGAGGCCAAUGCUUCCGGUGCCGCGGAUAUGGCCACACCAAGUUUCAUUGCACGGCUAUCCGCUGCCUUGAAUGCGGUCAAAUCGGUCAUGAAGCUUCUAAAUGCAACGAAAGGUCACUUCCCAAGCACGAAAAGGCUCGAAUUGCUCAAGAGGAGCGUCGCCGUACUGAGAACCAGAAAAUGAACGCUGAACGCCAGCGCCAGCGCCAAAUGGGUGGCCACGAUCCCAAGAUCCCUAAGAUUGCUGUGAGCACCCAGCCAAGUCCCGCCUCUGGUGACAGCACUGGCAACAAGCGUAAGUCUGUCGACGUGUCUAGUGAUAGCAGAAAACCUUCGCAGCCUGCCAAGAAGGCACGACUUCUUCCUCCGGUAAGUCUCCGUUUUAAAUUGUCUACUGCCUGCUAUCUUGACCCCCUGACGUAUACAUGCUAA